ACAACCAAAAUAUCUCACUCAACAAGCCCUUUAAACCCUAAACCCCGAACCAUGCUCAAAAUGAUGAGGAGCAUCAUGCUCCGGCGAACAACCACGAUGGCGCGCAACCUCGCCGCCAUCGAAACCCUCAACCGCCGCCUCCCAUUCCAACCCCGCCACCUGAUUCCGGCAACAGCCGACGUCAGCGGUCACGGGUUUCCACUUGGCAACUUUCAGGCGAAAUCGCCGACUUUGCUGAGCGCCUCCUCCCAGUACGACCUGGCGAGCGGCGACGAGGGGCUCGAGAUUUCGAAGCUAGGGUUUGAUAAGAAGAUUGUGUCAGCUUUGGCCAAGAAGGUGAUCACCAAGCUUUUCCCCAUUCAGAGAGCUGUGUUGGAUCCUGCAAUGCAAGGCCGUGAUAUGAUUGGUCGAGCUACAACCGGAACUGGGAAAACUCUUGAGUACAAUGCCAAACAUGGGCGCGGGAGGAAUCCUUUGGCUUUGGUGUUGGCUCCGACAAGGGAGCUUGCCAAGCAAGUCGACAAGGAGUUCUAUGAGGCAGCACCGAGUUUGGAUACGGUUUGUGUUUAUGGUGUUAUGCCGAUUGGAAGGCAGAUGGGCCAGCUUGACCAUGGUGUUGAUGUGGUGAUUGGCACACCUGACCGUGUGAUUGAUCUUAUCAAGAGGGGUGUUUUGAAUCUAUCGGAAAUUCGGUUUGUUGUUCUUGAUGAAGCUGAUCAGAUGCUUCAAGUGGGAUUUCAGGAGGACGUGGAGAUAAUAUUGGAGAGGCUACCUGAGAAACGCCAGACCUUGAUGUUCUCUGCAACAAUGCCUGCUUGGAUUAAAAAUCUUACAAGAAACUGCCUAACAAAUCCGGCGGUUAUUGAUCUUGUUGGGGAGUCUGAUCAGAAAUUGGCAGAUGGAAUUUCCCUCUACUCAAUUGCUGCAGGCUCGUCUGGAAAAGCAUCAAUUAUUAGACGACUGAUAACAGAACAUGCAAAUGGAGGAAAGUGCAUUGUUUUCACUCAGACAAAAGGUGAUGCUGAUCGAUUGGCAUCUGCCGUGGGAAGACAGUACAACUGUGAGUCUUUGCAUCGGGACAUUUCACAACAGCAGAGAGAAAGGACACUUUCGGGUUUCCGAGAUGGGCGUUUCAAUAUUUUGGUUGCCACUGAUGUUGCUGCUCGUGGGAUUGAUGUGCCCAAUGUUGAUCUAGAACAAUCUCGUAAACAGCUGAAAUGGCUCACUCGUUCUGUUAAGGGGAUUAGACUGACGGGCACUAGUACUUUUGUGAGUCCAUCUGCUGCAAGAUUCUGCAGGUUUUCUACAAGUUCUGAACCUGGUUCACCCAAGGAGGAGAGUAUGACUCCCAGUGAGGAAGUGUCUUAUGAGAUUAAAAAGCUUUUUCGCCAGGAGGAGGAGGAGGAGGAGCAAGAAGCUCAGGAGGAGAGGAUGAACAGAAAGAGGCUGCACUAGGAUGCAACUGAAAUGCAGAAUAAAAGACAGAAGGCCUCUGAAGCGGAAGAGGAACAGGAAGAAGAUAUUGAUGAGGAAGAAGAUAUGGAGAUAGAGCGUGGAGAGGUAAAGUCUGUGGAGGAAAAUUUGGAUGCCUCGCCCUCUGGAAGCUCGGAUUCAGAGUCAGACGCGCCUCCUCUGGAGAUAGAGCUUGUACAAGUAGGGGUAGAGGACGCGCCUCCUCUGGAGGUAGAGCCUGUACAAGUAGGGGUAGAGGACAUGGAGAAUGAGUCUGACUCUGACAACUCAAAUUCCUCAUCGUCAUCCUCUAGCAGCUUGGAUUCAGAGUCAGACGUGCCUCCUCU